AAAAGUAACAGCAAGCGGAAAACAAGUCAAGUAAAAGAAUAAUUGAAUAUUUAAGGCGUGUGACACAUAAAUAGCGCAUGUUUCCUGAAUGCGAGUCAUUUUUCAAAGCGGUCUUUAAUGUGAAAUGCUGUGUACGAAUAAUUGGUGCACCUUGAUACGGAGUUUGCAUUAGAAGUGUUUAUGAGAAAAAAAAAGAGAGAUAUCUGCACACACUGGUUCAACAAUGAUUCACUUCAACGUAAUUGUAUUCCUCCUGGGUCUCUUCUCACCAUUAGUUUAUUCUCAUGGCUGUCGUAUGGAGGACGACGUGUGUGAGUUUAAGCUGGUAAUUUCCUAUAAAUUAACUAUGCUAUACCAGAAGAUCUUGGUACAACCCUAUAAUGGAAAACUCUACAGAUAUGACGUCACUAAUUUUACGGGUGCUGAACCGAUACCAACUGAUAAAGUCAUUACGAUGGAUGGUUUUUCUGAGGCAGUGAAGGUGAUUACAAUUAAUGGCACAGUUCCAGGGCCAACAAUAGAAGUUUAUAAAGGACAAAGAGUCAUUAUUGAUGUAGAAAACCAUUUAUUUUCAGAAGGUACGACAAUACAUUGGCACGGCUUGCAUCAAAGAGGAACAUCACAUAUGGAUGGUGUACCUUGGGUAACACAAUGCCCUAUUCUACCAGGUCAAACAUUCAGAUAUGAAUUUAAUGUUACACAAAUUGGAACUUAUUGGUACCAUUCUCAUCUUGGAACACAACGUACCAUGGGACACUUUGGUGCUUUAAUACUACACGAAAAGACAAAACCUAAAAUGAAAGAACAUGUAAUGGUAAUCUCAGACUACAAUCAUAACUGGGAUUCCGAUAUGAGUUUUAUAAAAGUUGGCAUGGGACUUUAUGUGAAUAAGAAAAAAGUUGGUAUUACCAAAUCUAUUGAAGGAGGAGCUUUUAGUCUCUUUCAGUUCAAUUCCGGUCUUGUGAAUGGUCGAGGCCGCUAUUACGAUGAAUCAGGGAAUCACAAUGGGGCCCCGCUGACUGUCUUUGAAGUAAAAUCAGGUGAACAUUAUCGUUUCAGAGUGAUCGCUGCAGGGGCUCUGUACCCGUUUGAAGUAUCUGUUGAUGGUCACCAGAUGGUAGUCGUUGCCUCUGAUGGUUAUGAACUGGAACCAACACCUGUUGAUUUCUUUACCAUCAACCCGGGUGAGAGAAUAGACUUCACAAUACAUGCAAAUAACUCUGUCGGAAAUUACUGGAUCCGCGGAAAGACACUGCAAAUGGACAAAAAUAAUACAUUUGAAGCAAUUCUUCGAUAUGAGGGUGCUUCGGAGGAAGAACCUAGCUCCACUGCUUCUGACUGCGUUCAACAAAAGAACUGCACUUUAUUCAACUGUCCUUUUCUUUAUGAUCCCUAUAAAAGUGAUAAACCAUGUUUAAACUUUGGUGACUUGGAGUCUAAUUAUCCAGGUGUUGUACCGCCUUACCGGUCUGAGAAGUUUAAGGAAUAUUUUUUAAAUUUUGCUUUUCCUGGUGAACGUGGGAACACACCUGCAUCAAUAAAUGGUCGGGUGUUCGUGGAACCCACGGUAAACCCUUUAACGCAACCGAAUGAAAUAGACACUUUAUGUGAUAAUGCCAAUUGCGGUGUAGGUAAAGUUUGUCGUUGUACCCAUUCCUUAAAUCUCAAGCAUGAUUAUACUAUUCAGUUUGUAUUGACAAACUUGGGAAGCGGUAACGGAUUCUCCCACCCUGUACACAUACAUGGACAUACAUUUUAUGUAGUUAAAAUGGGAUUCCCGAAAUACAAUGAAACAACGGGAGGAAUAAUAAGUGAUACUACAGAUAUUGAUUGUAGAGGUGAUCCGAAAAAGAAUUUUUGUAACGAUGCAACUUGGUCAAACAGCAAAUGGGUGGGAGACAACAUCUCCGGAAUAAAGUUAGAAAAGGCUCCUCGAAAGGAUACAAUUAUGGUCCCAACAGGUGGAUACGCUGUAGUGAGAAUUGUUGCGGACAAUCCUGGAUCAUGGUUCGUUCACUGCCACAUUGAAUUACACAGCAAGGAGGGAAUGGCUCUUAUUCUUAACGAAUCUUUCGCUCAGUUGCCAGAAAUGCCGGACAAUUUGCCCGAGUGUCAUAGCUUCAAGAAAAGCGUUUAUAACAUAAAGAAACAUCCUGGAAAGGAUGACGAUAAGGACAAAAAUGGUGGAGAUAAAGACAAGAACCAAGAUGAUAAGGAUGAUAAAGGUGAUAAAAAUGGCGCUGGAAACGACCCAACAGUAAAAGUGGCACUUGGAGUUCUAAUCGCUGUCGUUUGUAUCCUGGCCAUUCUUGUUGUUGUUCUUGUGUUCAUUGUUGUAAGAAAGCAAAAGAAUUAACUUUGAAAAUCAUUUGAAAUCAAUACAAUCAUAGAUAGCAGUGGGGGUUAGUGAGGUGGGGGAAUCUAAGAUGUGUUAAAGUAAUUUUGUUGGGCAUGUAAGUACGUAGUGUAAGGUUCGAGUGGGGUUUGGUAACUGAUGUGUGUCGUGGGUGAAGCUGGUGGUAUAUAGUACAGAUAGUGUAUUAGUGAUAGUAUAAUAUGGUGUAAUACAACGCCAUUACGACGGCAUUACUAAUUUUACAUUAUUACUACACCAUUAUUAAUGUGUGUGUGUGUGUGUGUGUGUGUGUGUGUGUGUGUGAUGGUGUAGUAAUAAUGGUAUUUAUCCAUGAUUAGUGAAGGCUGUCUUCAUUGUUGUUAUUAUUGUUUAACUAUAGGUUUGAAUCUAUUGAAUAGCAACGACCAUCCCAUCCCGUCUGAUAUGUAAAUAAUUUUUCUAGGAUUACGUAAUCUAUCAUGUCCAGUUUUUGCUUUGGAACGGAGGUAGAUUUUUUACUUCUAAUUUUACCAACUCCAGUUGACGCGUAAAUAUCCACUCGUUGAGAUCAUCCUAUAUUCAUUGAAGUAAAUUGUGAGUUUCUUUAUGUUAAUUAAUGCUUUACUCUAACAAUUAUAAACGCUGUUUUGUCCAGAACACAGGUAUUUAAUAGUUGUAGACACCAGAAGUGAAGAGUAUAUACUAAAAGAGUUAACGAGAGAUACUGAUAGGGUAGAAGUAUGAUUCGAACCACUAUCCUCAAGCUUAUAACUAAUAGAAUGUUUUAAUAAAAGCGCGUUUGUAUAAGGUGUAUGUGUGUGUGUGUGUGGGGGGGGGUGUUUAUUUCACAAAACAGUUGAAAUAAAUUUCUAGUAUUAACUUCUUUACUAAUAUAUUCAAAUACACCUUUUAUUAUAACAAAUAUAUGUAAUGUCACUAAUAAUCUCAUAUCCAAAAAAUUGUUGAAGGCUGUUUAUAUUAUUGAUUGCUAUUAAAAGUCUUCAGUAUUCAGCCUUAUCUGGAUUUAAAAAUACAGUGAUAAUCUUUUGGCUUAAAUCUGUCGCCCGUUCCAAUAUGUAAGUUCGUACAUCAGAUAUUCGGUUCAGCCUAAAUUUAAAUUACUCACGUGACAUAACUCUCCAUUUUUCCAGUUUUAGUUGUCUCCCUUGUUACUUUGAACUGUUGGUUUCUGUUCAUAGUUGGUUUCUAGUUUUAUGGCUUCACUUGAUGGUUUCGGACACUUAUUUCGCUGCGAGGGUGAAGUCCACAUCAGUCAUGUAAUAUUAUCUAAAAUCUUCCAAAGGUGAUGAGCUAGCAGAAUCGUUAGUAUGCCGGACAAAAUGCUAAGCGGCAUUUUGUCCGUCUUAAUGUUCUGAAUUCAAAUUCCUCCGAGAGAGAGUUUGCCUUGCCAUUCAUCCUUUCGGAGUCGAUAAAAUAAGUACCGGUUGAGUACUGGGAUAAAUGUAAUACAUUUAGCUCCACCCCCCCUAAAAUUGCAGGCGUUGUGCCAAUAUUUGAAACCAUUAUCUAAAUCCUUACAUUUCACUGAUUAAAUAGUUUAAAACAUAUCGUGUAAAAAAUAUUUUCGGAAGUAAGGACAAUAAUGGAUUUCCCAUUAAGGCUACAUGGCGGUGUAAACCAUAGUAUAUUGCGAUUGUUAUUGCAGUCUUAUAAUUUUAGGCAGCAGGAAGAUAGUGAUAACUGUAAAAAUUAAAAAGUUAUGUCAAUAUUCCCAAAACCGAAUCACUAGCAUACUAAACUACAGUCUAGGUAGAAAGAGAUGUGUUUAGGCUGAACAACGAAUACACGUGCAAUACGUUUUCCCUUUUGCUUCAUCAGAAUGUGUUAAUUGCAUUUUCAAUACAAAUAUAUACAUAGCUGAGGAGCGAACGAAUCUAGAUGUAAAAUGUCGAAAAGAGGUGUAAAAGAAAUGUGAGAGAGGAUGAAUAGGAUACCCAACAAGAGGAAAGUUAGAUUGAAGGGAGAUAACUAUUUCCCCAUUUUUAGAAACAAAACGAAAAACGAAACCAACUCUACACGGUCAUCGAAAAAUAAGCUCAAUACAUACAUCAAAACAAAAGUAAUACAGAUACAAACGAAAUGCCUCAAAUACGAACAUCGAACCAAAACAAACAAGUUAAACAAUAUAAUUUAAAUGUACACUGAUAUUUUGAGCAGUUCAUAAAUGAGAAAUUAAUAUUUUUACACAUGAUGUUUUAUAAUACUUAUUAUGAUUUGUUGUUAAAUAAAAUAUUUACAUUUUAA